AUGGGUGGCGCAUCGAUAGGCAACGAAGUGCCGCUCACCAGCUACACCGACGCGAAUUACGCGGCCGACAAGGCCACGCGAAAGUCGAUCAGUGCGGCUGUAGGUACGAAGGAGCUUAUGGGCGUGAAGAACCUACUGCAAGAGAUGAAUGUGAGCGUGGAGCUGCCAAUGCAAAUGAUGGUGGACAACCAAGCGGCGAUAAUCAAGCCGAUUGACAAUGAAGCUACGUCAAGCGCACAAAAGCAUGUCGACGUGGAGAUGGAGUUCGUAGGUGACACGAGCUCCAAGGGCAUAGUGAAGCCCGAGUGUUAG